AUGCUAUUGCAUGCAUAUGGUAUAACAAGAAGGAGCCCGAAGAGUACGUUUAAUCAUUCUAUAGGAAAUCUACUGUUUUGGCUAUUUAUAGCCAUAUUAUUAUGUCAACCAAUGGCCCACAACUAUGGUCUGUUAAUGUUGCUAACCCAAUCAGCCCUCCAGUUAUGCGAAGAUUUAUCGGUCGUCCUAAGAAGAAUCGUAACAAGGCGAAUGAUGAACCGAAGAUAA